UCCUGGUGGAAUUGGACAACUAGCUGUCAGUGUGUAUAGUAUCGCGACAUUGAAGUAGGCUACGUUACACGUAGUUCCGAUUGUUAGAAAUACAGUUUGGUUAAAAGUUCUCGAUUGUCCUGUACAAUAAGACAUUUCGUUCUGGUGGUUUAAGGCUGGUUUCUGGCUACGAUUUGACGGGAUCCUUUUUCUGACACUUUCCCGUGGACAGUAGGGGUUGUGGAGGCAGCCGGUAGCAUGGCCCAGUGGAACCAGUUGCAGCAGCUGGAGACUAGGUACCUGGAGCAGCUGUACCACCUAUACAGCGACAGCUUCCCCAUGGAGCUCCGGCAGUUCCUCGCCCCCUGGAUCGAAAGCCAGGACUGGGCGUACGCAGCGAACAAGGAGUCCCACGCCACGCUGGUGUUCCACAACCUGCUGGGGGAGAUUGACCAGCAGUACAGCCGCUUCCUGCAGGAGAACAACGUGCUCUACCAGCACAACCUGCGGCGCAUUAAGCAGCACCUGCAGUCCAAGUACCUGGAGAAACCCAUGGAGAUCGCCCGCAUCGUAGCCCGCUGCCUCUGGGAAGAGCAGAGGCUGCUGCAGACCGCCACCACCGCCGCACAGGACGGAACGGCGUCUCACCCGUCUGGCACUGUGGUGACGGAGAAACAACAGAUCCUGGAGCACAACCUGCAGGACAUCAGGAAGAGGGUGCAGGAUAUGGAGCAAAAGAUGAAGAUGCUUGAGAAUCUCCAGGAUGAUUUUGACUUCAACUACAAGACCCUUAAAAGUCAGGGUGAUAACCCACCCAACUCCUCUCCUAUUUGCUCAGAGUUGUCCCAGGACAUGAAUGGGAACAGCCAGGCGGCAGCCACCCGGCAGAAGAUGUCUCAGCUGGAACAGAUGCUGAGUGCUCUGGACCAGCUCAGGAGGCAAAUCGUGACUGAAAUGGCAGGGCUGCUGUCAGCCAUGGACUUUGUCCAGAAGAACCUGACAGAUGACGAGCUGGCUGACUGGAAGAGGAGGCAGCAGAUUGCCUGCAUCGGAGGACCACCCAACAUUUGCCUGGACCGCUUGGAGACAUGGAUUACUUCCCUGGCUGAGUCUCAGCUGCAGAUCCGCCAGCAGAUCAAGAAGCUGGAGGAGCUCCAGCAGAAGGUGUCCUAUAAGGGAGACCCCAUCAUCCAGCACCGGCCCGCUCUGGAGGAGAAGAUAGUGGACUUGUUCAGGAACCUCAUGAAGAGUGCGUUCGUGGUGGAAAGGCAGCCUUGUAUGCCCAUGCAUCCAGACAGACCACUGGUCAUCAAGACAGGUGUGCAGUUCACCAACAAAGUCAGAUUACUGGUGAAGUUCCCAGAAUUGAAUUACCAGCUGAAGAUCAAAGUUAUUAUUGAUAAGGAAUCUGGGGACGUGGCUGCCAUUCGAGGCUCCCGAAAGUUCAACAUCCUAGGAACCAACACCAAGGUGAUGAACAUGGAGGAGUCCAACAACGGCAGUCUGUCGGCAGAGUUCAAACACCUGACCCUGAGGGAACAGAGGUGUGGCAAUGGUGGCAGGACCAACAGUGAUGCCUCCCUGAUCGUUACAGAGGAGCUCCACCUCAUCACCUUUGAGACAGAGGUCUACCACCAGGGCUUGAAGAUCGACCUGGAGACCCAUUCUCUACCAGUGGUGGUCAUCUCCAACAUCUGCCAGAUGCCCAACGCCUGGGCCUCCAUCCUGUGGUACAACAUGCUGACCAACCACCCCAAGAAUGUGAACUUCUUCACUAAGCCUCCAGUGGGGACGUGGGAUCAGGUAGCGGAGGUGCUGAGCUGGCAGUUCUCCUCCACCACUAAGAGAGGCCUGACCAUCGAGCAGCUCACCACCCUGGCUGAGAAACUACUAGGGCCGUGUGUGAACUACUCUGGAUGCCAGAUCACCUGGGCCAAGUUCUGCAAAGAGAACAUGGUGGGUAAAGGCUUCUCUUUCUGGGUAUGGCUGGACAACAUCAUUGACCUGGUCAAGAAGUACAUCCUGGCCUUGUGGAAUGAAGGAUAUAUUCUGGGUUUCAUCAGUAAGGAGAGGGAGAGGGCCAUCCUGAGCCCUAAGCCUCCUGGGACCUUCCUGCUGCGCUUCAGUGAGAGCAGUAAGGAGGGAGGCAUCACCUUCACCUGGGUGGAGAAGGACAUCAGUGGGAAGACUCAGAUCCAGUCGGUGGAGCCUUACACCAAGCAGCAGCUCAACAGCAUGUCCUUUGCGGAGAUCAUUAUGGGAUACAAGAUCAUGGACGCCACCAACAUCCUGGUGUCUCCGCUGGUCUACCUCUUCCCAGAGAUCCCCAAGGAGGACGCCUUCGGGAAGUACUGCCGACCGGAAGCUGCUCCAGAGGCGGAGCUCGGAGACCCGUGUAGCACCAUUCAACCAUACUUAAAGACAAAGUUCAUCUGUGUAACCCCGUGCCCUUCCGUGUUCAUGGACUUUCCGGACAGCGAGCUGCUUGGGAACGGGAUAUUCCCUGGCACUAACUCUGGUAACACCAGUGACCUGUUUCCCAUGUCCCCUCGCACCCUGGACUCUCUGAUGCACAAUGAGACUGAGGCCAACCCUGGCCCGCUGGCCCUCUUGCUUUCUGUCUUCCCAGACUCCCUCACUCUGGACAUGGAGUUGAGUUCUGACGUGGCGUCACCCAUGUGAAGAGACGAAUGAGCCAGACUAAUUUUAAAUCUUUUAACUCCCCGUUUUCUUCAAAAAUCUGUAAUCCACAGGUACCUCUGUCCCAUAUUGUGAAAGGGAACGAGAUGCAUUACAUUUAGCCACUUGUUUUGUUCUUUACCUUUCACCUUAAUGCCUAAAAACACACCGACAGUGUCAUUGAGCAAAAUGGUACGGAGCAUCAUCUGGAUAUGUGUGCAACAAAAGUUCAACAUUCACCUUCUGCUACCAUUUCUGUCAAGCCAUCGACACAUACAGUUUGAUGCAUACUUUAGAUAAAGGCAAAUGCAGCGUUCCAUUGGAAAGGCAUGUACUUUAGGUGUACCAAAAUGCAAUGACGCUAUCGGUGUGAUCGAGGCGUUGGUUUCAAUGUUUCGAAAAGCCAUGUCUCACUUCCUGUGGGUUUUUCACAAAGUACUUUAUUUAAAUUGUAGAUUUUUUAAUACAAAGGUAUAUUUUUGUUUCCUUUACUUUCUUUUAAAAUGGUUUUGAUCUCCAACCUUCAUUUAUGAACCAGCGCUUGUUUUUAUAAGAAUGUCUAAAGAGGAAGAUGGCUGUCUAGCUUUUCAAAAAUAAGUUAGCUUCAUAGUUCUCAAUUACCUAUUACAUGAUAACCUUUUUGGUAGUCCGUCUGUCUGUGUCCCAUGUCAUUUACUUUCUUUUAAAAUGGUUUUGAUCUCCAACCUUCAUUUAUGAACCAGCGCUUGUUUUUAUAAGAAUGUCUAAAGAGGAAGAUGGCUGUCUAGCUUUUCAAAGAUAAGUUAGCUGCAUAGUUCUCAAUUACCUAUUACAUGAUAACCUUUUUGGUAGUCCGUCUGUCUGUGUCCCAUGUCAUUCUCUAUUGAAGGGGACACCUGUAUCUUUAUUUGAUUGAGAAAUAUCCUGGUCCAUUCUUUCCAGUGGUAUCUUAUUCCUUAUUACAUAUUACAAAAAACCUGUAUCUAGAAUCUCACUAACACGAGUCAGUAAUAUGUGUUUGUAAAAACCAAGGAGACGAGAACCAAGGUGACUAGUGAAUUUGUUAAUUGAACAUUCAUUCAUAUAGGUAAUUUAUGUGAGUGGUGCUGGUUUUUGUUUUAGGUGUCUGAAAUGGCAUUGAUAAUGGCAGGAUAUUUCUCUGACCUUCUCCCCUGGGCUCAACCCUCAGCCGACAGGCAGCAUGUCUCAGUUGGGAAGGGAAGAAUACUGAUUUCUUCCCUGGAUUGUAGAGUACAUUGAUGUUUGUCAUGAAUCUUGCCCUGAGCAAUUUCCACUAGCUGGACCAGCUGCAAAUUCAAAAUUGGCGAUGUAAAAAUGUAUGAAAAGAAAAGGUAACUUUUUUCCCCCUUAAUUUAAGGUUGGGGUUAUCAGUGUGGGUUAAGGUUGGGUUUAAAAUCUGAUUUUAUGACUCGCUGUACCAGCUUGUGACCACUGCAGAGCCUCCCUCCAGGACAAGAUUGAUGACAAUGAAUGCCAACCUGUUAUUGUAGAUAGAAAUGUACAUUAUUCUUUGGUGUUUUGAAUUCAUACAUACCCCUUUAUCCUUCAUAGUUUGUCAUAAUGAGAAUACCAUUUGUUGUUUUCAUUAAACCAUGACAAUAGAGAUGAUCAUUGCUGCAGUACUGCACUAGUCUUUGCCUAAAUGGUUUAUGUAGUGCCUUUCUCAUACUGUAUGAAUGAUUUAUUUUAAGCUAACACUUCUUGAAUGUGUUGACCAUGUUUGUUUUGUAAUUUGCAUAAUGUUAGUAUCAGUUUCAAGUGAUAUUUCACUUCUGUUUGACUGCAUAUGCGCAUGAUGUGAUGCCACAACACCACACUUGUCCAUCACUUCCUGACUUAAGUGCUCAGUUGAAUCGGUAAUUGAGUUCACUCUGUAGAUGUUAUUUGAAAAAACAAUCUGUAAAUUAUGCUGUAAUUAAUCUUAUAUUUGUUUAAAAAUCAUAAAACAAAAAAAUACAUAUCU